GCGUAAUGACGGAAGUCGAUAGAUGGCUGAUGAGAGAUGAGAGCAGACGAGCAGAGCACGACAGUGACGAGAGUUAGAGAGGUGCAGAGUGGUGCAGAGAGGUGCGCACUCGUACACUCGUAGCAGCGAGCUGCUCGCUCGCGCGUUGAACAUAACCUUCAAAUCUUUUGGUGAGCGCGUCCGGUCCGGGUUGCGGGUUGCGGGUCCGAGUCGAUCGCGCACGGCGUUGGUCGUCGUCCGCGCGACGACGUAACGUGACGUGACGUGACGUGACGCGUGACGCGUGACGCAACGUCGUGCCACCGACACCUGCCGCGCCUCCGAAAAAGGUGCAGGGUCUGUCUUCCUUGCGUCCUCGACAUACACAAGACGACCGGGUGGAAGAGGUAUAUGGACUGUCGGGAAAGGCUGCUCGCCCGUAUGAAAGAUGGGUCAUGGGUCAAGCCGUUCUGCUUCGUCGGCGAACAUACUUUCCACGGAGGAAUUGACACUAGUGGAGAACCUCUUUAAGUCUAUGUCGCGCAGCUCAGGUUCCAUCAAACGUGAGGACAUAUUCAAACAUUGGUCAAUACAUUUGGAUGAUGCAUUAUUGCAGUUUGUGGUUCGAUUUCUCUGUCACGAUCCGGGAAAGAAGGUCUCGGCCGUCAACGGGGAGAACUUUGGUCGGCUCUAUGUCUUUGCCGUACGCGGUAAUCCUGAGGAACGCACCAAUUUGAUCUUCGAUGGUUUCUCGGAGGAAGAGCAAAAAUACGAAAUACCCACCGUUUCGUUCCUUCAGUAUAUUCAAGCAACGAUUAAUUCUUACUUGCGACUACAAAAGAACUCUGGUAAUACGCAUUAUCUUACUUGGAGUAGCAUCGGCUGCACUGUCAACACUAGGCGCAUAGGGAUGCGUUCUCGCACUCUCUGCGAGGACCUGAUAAAGUAUGGGGAUGUAUUGACUGUCGAUCAAGUGGAAAGUUGGUUUGUGACAGCUGCCACGUUCAAGAAUAUUCAAUCGCACGUUUUUCAGUACCUCUAUCUAGUCUCUCAAAAGAAGGGGAGCGAUAAGAAUACGGGAGCGCGAAUAAACGAUCUGAAUCUUUUGCCAUUGUGCAAGGGUUUGGAAAAUAUACCGCACUUUCCGAGUAUAUUAGGCUUAGGAGACGUUCUGUUCCUAAAUUUGAGUCUGCCACACGAGUUACGCGACGAAUGGCGAUUUCUAUUUUCGAGUCAGGUGCACGGCGAAUCGUUUUCAACCAUGUUAGGAAGGAUCGUGAUGCAAGGUGCUACGAUCAUCAUCCUUCAAGAUAUGGACGACCAUGUGUUCGGCGGUUUCGCCUCGGACAGUUGGAAGCUAGGACCGAACUUUAUAGGGAAUCAAACGUCAUUCCUAUUUAAGCUCGAGCCGGAAAUAUUGACAUUUUCAUCGACGAAUUACAACAAUCACUAUCAGUAUCUCAAUCUCCAUCAGCAAAUGAUGCCUAACGGCCUGCUUAUGGGGGGGCAACUUAAUUAUCCCGGCCUCUGGUUGGAUUGCGAAUACGGCACCGGCAAAUCGAGCUUGUCGUGCACGACUUUUCAAAGUUAUGUACAGCUUAGCGGUAAGGAAGACUUCAAAAUCAAACAUUGCGAAGUGUGGGGAGUCGGUCCAGUGCCGGACGCGGAAGAGGAUGUGCGCGAAAUGAAGUCUGUAUUGGAUCAAGACCCAACGUCGAAGGUCAUGCUAGAAUUGUCCGGUCGUAAGUUACACAGUGAAGGACUUCGCGAGGAACAAGAGUAAUUGUGAUAAAUAUAGGAAUUUUUACGAGAGCAGAGAGAGAGAGAGAAUGCUAAUAGUUGUAAAGAUAUUUGCAGAUAUUUAAGAUUGAUCAAUAUUGAUUUUACACGGAAUAAAAUCUAUAUGAAUAUUGUUAUCGGUUCUGAUAAUUGUAAUGGGAUAUAUGCGGGUACGAGAAACUUAUUAAAAAACUCAUAAUUAUAUAGUAAUGUUUACCAUAUGAAAGAGUCCUCCCUUUUACAUGAGUGCAUAUCUUUAACGUUGAAACGAAUUCACGUGAUAGCGACGCGAGAAACAAUUAAAACGCAUUAACAGAAACGAAUUGCAUUACGAAAAUUGUUGUGAAAGUUUGAGUAAAAAAAUUAUUCCGCUUGUCUGUUUGUAUGAAUGUCCUCCAUAUACAUUUUUUACAGACGUGUGGGAUUAUUUAUUUGUAAUUAUUUAUCUAAGUAUAUAUUAUUAGGACUUUUGUCCCGUUUUAUAACGGCCUGAUAUCUUUCGAUUCGCGAUUGUUUUUUCGAUCAUUCGAUCAUACUUGUGCAAUUUUAUUAUGUCGUGUGUAUACGUAUCUAUGAAUUCAGUGCUAUGAUAUUAAAGAAUGCCGAUUGUUGCGUGGCCUGAAUGCCUAUUGUCUAGUGCCUGACGAGUCGUUGUAAUUGUUAAUUUACCGUUCUCUGCGUAUGUUGAUUAUUCAUAAACGAAUAACUGUGUGCCAUACAAAUUGCUUUUGUUAACUAAGACUGUAUAAUCGUCGUGUAAAGAAUAAAAGGAAACAUGCAAACACACACUUUGAUUGUUUGCCAAUUAUAAAGUCAUGGGAAACCAUCGCGCUAGUGUAAGAUCUAUUAAAAGUUCAAUAAACGAUCAAAAUCGA